UGAUAAUAAUAAUUUCUGUAAAAUUCAAAAUUCAAAUUCUUAAUAAUUUGUUAUGUUAACUUUGUUAAAAUGCCAGUGGAUUUACAUAGGCUCAUCCAAGGAUGGUUGGAAUUAGAAAGCGAUCCUGGUUUGUUUACUUUGCUUUUAGAAGAUUUUGGAGUGAAAGGAGUUCAGUUAGAAGAGAUUUAUGACCUUCAGAAACCAUUGGACGGUCCAGUUUAUGGUUUUAUAUUUUUGUUCCGAUGGAUUGAGGAGCGUCGUAGCCGCAGAAAAAUUGUAGACCAAACAGACAUAUUCGUCAAAGAUGACGACGCUAUUAACAGUAUAUUUUUUGCACAGCAAAUGAUACCUAAUAGUUGUGCUACUCAUGCCCUGCUGUCAGUUUUGCUAAACUGCUCAGAUAUACAUCUAGGUGAGACAUUGGGACAUCUUAAGGAACAUACUCGAGGUAUGAAUCCAGAAAAUAAAGGAUGGGCUAUUGGAAAUACUCCUGAAUUAGCACGAGCACACAAUUCACAUGCUAUGCCAAAAAGUAGACCACGUAUGGAUAAAACGCCGGGGUUAACAACUGGACGGUUUACCGGUGAGGCAUAUCACUUUGUCAGUUAUGUACCCAUAAAUGGUCAUUUAUAUGAAUUGGAUGGAUUGAAACCAUAUCCCAUGGACCAUGGGCCUUGGGCUGAAGAUGAAGAUUGGACUGAAAAGUUUAGAAGAGUGAUAAGUGAUCGACUCGGAGCAGCAGCUGAGUAUAGUGAUAUACGGUUCAAUCUGAUGGCUGUUGUUCCAGACAAACGAUUAGCUAUUACCCACAAAUUAAAUAUGCUCAAAACAAAUAGACGAAUUGUAUUAGAAGCUUUACAACAACUUGUACUAGUAGAUGAUUUUGAAAAAAAAAGAAAAAUCAAUGAUAAUGAUCAAUCGCCAAAAUGUGUAAAAAAAGAAAUUUCACCCAUUCCUGGCACAUCAAAAGACUAUAAUGAAGAAAAGACGUGUCCAGAAUCAGAUAAUAUUGUAGUAAUCCGUGUACAAUCAUCAAGUGGUGGGUCAGAAGGUGAUGGAAAUCCAAAAGACAUAAAAAGUGUAUGUCUAGAAGCAGGAGCUAUGCCUAAAGGAUGGGAAACACCUUCAAGUCAUUCUUCAGAUAGAGAAGAUAAUAAUGAUGAAAAAUUGGAAAAUAAUAUAAAAUCCAAUCAUACAUUUUCUCCUAAAGACUUAUUGGCUCUAGUGAAAAAUUUAGAACUUGAAAUAAACAUGAGUGACGGUAUCUUACGAGAGGAGAAUGAAAAACGUAAUAAAUAUAAAAUUGACGAUUGUCGACGUACACACAAUUAUGAUCAGUUUAUAUGCACGUUUUUAACUAUGUUAGCCCAAAAAGGUAUAUUACCUGAUUUAGUUCAACAACAUUUGGGCGCACAAAAAAAAAAUACAAGUGCACAGCUUUCACUUUCUGUACAGUCUCAAUCUACAAAUCAAACACAGGUGAAAUCAAAAUCUAAUAAACCAAAUUCAAAAAGUAAUACAGCGUCAACAACAACAAGGCUCAGGACAAAACGCAAGACAACUACUAAAAAAGGACGUAAAUCAUGACAGGUCAUUAUUAUUACUCGAGAAUAUUUCACUUGAGUGCUUCAUGUAUUGUUGGUGGCAGUAAAUCUUUAUGCCUAUUGUAGGUCUUUCACCAUUUAUAGUUGUUAUAAUACAUCACUGCUAUUAACAUUGUUAUCAAUCUAUAGUUUUUAAAUAUAAUAAGCAAUUUAUAAUAUGUUUAAUGGCUUUGUCAUUAAACUAAAUCGUACUAACUUAUUUUACAUUAGUCAUAAAUAAUGUAUACUUUACUUGAAAGAAUUUGAGAUGAGAAGCUUACUUAAAACUAAUAUUUGCUGUUCCUUUUGCUAAAUUUCUAUGGGAAUAGUGAUGCAAUUAACAAUGAAUUAUCAGAUUCAGUAUAAUUAACAGUUAAAUAAAGAUCUCAAAAAUCAAAUAAUAUGAAUAUUUUAUUGUUUCUGUUUGAAGAUAUGAUAUUAAAAUUUCAUAUAGUACUUAUGGUAUUUUAAAUUCUUUCUUAGCAUAAUGACAGAAACACUAGGAUUUUAAUAAAUUGUUUUAAUUAUAAUAAAAUGUUUCAUUUACAAUAGUAUCCCAAAUACUAUUAUAAAUUAUUAUUAUUAAAAACAUUUAUUCUUAUUUAGAAAGUCUGUAUCGAUAUAAAAUUAUAUUUAUUUUAUUUACAAUUAAAUGCUAAUUCUUUAUAUUUUAAAUUCUGAGUGGGAAUGAAGAAGAUGGUUUUAUUUUGGAAAAUGUUUCAUUUUAGGACAAUAAUAUAGUUUUAUUCAAAUCCUUAUCAAUUAAAAAAAUUUAAUUAUUUAUAGCUGGUAGUUUUGGAGAAAUUUUAAAAAAAUUUCCUUUUAUUAAAUUUGUCUUAAGUUAUUUUAAAUGAUUUUAAAACUUUAUGAAUGCUUCAAAAUAUUUAUUUAAACUGUGAAGUAUUGUUUGUACAUUUAUUUCUAAUUACAAAGUUGUAAAAUUGUCAAUAGAUAACCAACAGUUAAAAAAAAAAUAUUAUUUAUUUACAGUAUUAAUCCAACCACAUUAUUCUAAUUAAAAUAAAUUAAAAAAUAUGAAAAUAUGAAACUUCAGUUUAAAUUUAAUACUUUGCCUAAAUUAUAUAAUUUAAAACAACACAUGUACUCAAAUUGUACAAAAUCCAUUUAAAAGAUUUAAAAGAUCUCUUCUCAGAACUGUUUUAUAAAUGCUAUAACAAUUGCUAUCAGUGAUUGGUAAUCAAUAUAAUGUCUUGCCUGCCUUUAUUACAUAACCCUUCUAAAAUAGUGACCAUCUAAUUGAAUAUGAAUAACCACUUAAUUAAAUUAUAAUUAUUUAUUGAUUAUUACCUCUUUUUUUUUAUUUUUACAUUAAUUUAGAAUAGUAUUAAUAUAUUAUACAUAUAUAUUUAUGUUUAUAAAAUAUAAUAUGUAUUGUAAUAGUUGCACUUCUUGAAAAAAUUUUAACUUGUAGUAUUAUAGUGGUAGAACAAGGAACUGUACAGUUACUUUAUCUACUUUGCUUUGCAUUAUUCUACUGUCUUAUAUAUGCACUCAAAUAAAUGCUUGUUAAUAUAAAUACGUUCAGAUCAAUAGUAAAUUAAAAUGAACAAUAAUUGUUUAUAAAAUUAAUAAUAUUAAUGUAAAAAGCAUAAACUAACUAAAACUAAAAAUAUGUAUAAAUUGUUUUUUAAGAGCAAAUUGAUAAAAUUGCUCAACUUCCUUUUAAAUUCAAACUGAUUAAUUUGACAAGACCCUUUAUUUCAGAAUAUAUUUAAAUCAUAAAAAAUAGAAAUUUUAGUAAAACCUCAUUAAUCCGGACAGCUGUUUAAUAAUAUUUAUUAUUAUUUAUUAGUAAUAUUUUCCUGGGCCCCCACACGAGCCAUCUCAGUGGGGCCCAGUAUUCAUGUAUAUAUGAAAUUAAAUUAAAUAAAUAUCAUAAAAAUACCUCAUUAACGGGUUAGGUUAGAUUAGGUUAGUGCAGCAGAUUAAAAUAAACAUGUGAACGUUAUAUUCCAUAUUUCUUCAUAGUUCUGCCUUCUACACAUUAUGAAUAUUUAAGAGAUCUGCAUGAAGUAAUUAUUAAAGAAAUUAAUGUCACACAAAGAUAGCAAAAGAUCCUGAAGUUUUAAAAAUAAUUUAGGUCUUUGAUAUUUUUUCUUCAAUUAUAAAAACAUUUUAAAACACAAUUUACAUAGAAAAUAUUUUUACUCAAAUUAUACCAUAUAAAAAGUAUGACUAAAAUAUUUCUUGUUAAUUUUUUUAAAACAUUUUAAUUUCAUAAAAUUAAAAUAAUACAUUUAUAAGCAUUCUUUUUUUUUUAUUUUUAAAUGAAAUAUACAAUCUGGUACCCUGGGGGCACAAUAAGAAUAUAGGCUAAAAUAUUACAUUAACAUGACUGGGAUUGAUGAAAGAAGCCAUCCAGUAGUGACACUUUCUAUUGACUUGACUAACAUUUAUAAGCAUUCUAAUAAAAUAUUUAUUUUUUAAGAGAAUACUUCACCUAAAUUAUUUGCUUUAUGCUUUUAAAAUUUAAAUAAUGGACAAAACUGAUUAUUAAUUGUUUUUAAAUCCUAGGGUUCUAUUAUUUUAAGUUAAUAGCAUUUGUUUAAACACAAUUAAAGCCUUUAAAUCUAUGGAAAUUCCAAACCUAAAUAAGUACAUUUUUAUGUAUUUUCCUUUGUAGAGAAAGUGUAUUAAAUUGUCAGUGGCAUGUCCUCUUAAAUGGAUCACCUGUAUAUUAUAAAUAAGUCUCGAAUAGGUCUCGGAUUCGCAACUUUUUUCUACUGUUACAAUUUAUUGCUAAGCAAGUUUUAAAUCUGUUUCACGAAGUGACGUUCAAACGGUAGCAGUCGGUGGUGGUGGUGAGAGGGAGUAUAUCCCCCAUGACCUUUUUUCAUUAUUUAAGAGCUGAUAACCAUCAAUUAUAUUUUUAAUAACCAAAUAGUGCAUGUUAAAAUAUCAGGCACAUCCCUCCGCCUUGAUAAAAUCAUUUGACAGCCACUGGUUGGUAUGAACUAAAAUCUAAACAAUAUAAGUUCAAUUUUUUUCAAUUUUAUAGCUAUUUUGUUGAAUUUAUUCAUUUAUAAAACAAUUUAAACAAUUUUUCAAUUUUGUUUACGCAAUUUUACUUUGGUUUCUACUUAUUAGUUCCAAAUUGAAAAACGUUUGAAUAUGUUCAUUUAAAACAAACAAUUUUAGUCCAAAUAAAUUAUGUUUGAUGUUGGUAGUAGUUUUGAUUAAUAUUUAUUUUCUUUGUUGAAUUUAAAUAUUGUUUUAGAAAAAAGAAAGAUGAAAAUAAUUGCGAAAUAAUGUAUCUCAUAAAUUAAAAACAUUUAAUACGAAACAUUGUUGUUAAUAUUACUGCAAUUUUAAAUUUUGAAGUAAAAUUGUCGGUAUUUUUUAGUGCAAUACUGCAAUAAAUGUUAGGUAGGUACUAGUUUUUACUACUACAACAUCGGCGCCCUAAUUAUAAACAUAUAAAAGUGUAGAUCUUCUCUUUUUGCUAACUUUUUGAUAGCUAACUAGGUAGAUAUGUUUAUAUUUUUUUACAUUUUAUUAUAUUCAUAUGCAAAAUUAUACUUAAAACCUAAACAGAAUUAAAAUCCCAGUUAGUACUUUACACAUAACAUACCUAAUUGACGUCAGGAUGAAUACAUGCAGAAAACUCACAGUUUUUUCUUUAUUUAUUUUUCUUAAUAUUGGAAAUAUAUAGUAUAAAAUAAUAGAUAAUAACAUGAAAAUAGCUGGUGUAAGUAAAGACGAGGUGAGGUCUAGAAUUUUUUUAAUGUGAAUCAAUAAUAUCUCUAGAUGUUUGCAAUUUUGGUUUGUUAUUUUCAUGUAUUUUGAUCAUUUUGUAUACAGGAAAACACCCAUAAAUAUUAUUGUUAAUAUCCAAAAAUCCAAAUAUUGUAUGAUUUAAGUACAAACAUAAAUAUUGUCAUAAACAUGAAAAUUACAUCAAUUGAAAAUUACAAUUACCUAUAUCCUCAUUUAGAAAUUAUACAACUCGAUGCAUUUUUAUGAAAUAAGAGAUUUUAGAUACAAAUAUAUAUUAAUUAUGCAAAAACAGCAUAAAAAAUAUUCUAAAUUAAAAAAAAAAAAAGAUAGAUAUAGACUGAUUUGCUCUAUAAGCGUUGUAUAUAAAAUGUUGUAAUUUACUCAUAUAUAACUUGAAAAUUAAAAUGUCAUAUUAACCCGAUAUCCGUAAUAUAUAGUGUAUUUAAAAGAUUCUUGAAGGCGUAGCUCCCAUUGGAAAUUCUAGAAGUUAGGUCUAUCUCAAGCCGGGUCCAUAAAGAAAUAACAAAAUAAAAAUAAAAUAGUAUUCAUAUUUUAAAAACAAUUUAGAUAGUUUCAUAUAGUUUCAAAUGUUUCAUCUAUGAUGGAAAAGUUGAGUUUUUGUUUUGUUUUUGGAUAUUAUUAUGGACCUGAAAUAAAAUAAAAAAAAUCGCGGAGCUAGCUCCUCUGAAACCUUUACAAAUAUACAUGCCACAAGGUAUGACAAGCUUCUUCCACCUGACAUAUCUAAUCACCCUACAUUACGUAUAUACAACAUCCCCAAGUUUUUAAUAAAUAAUAUGUAUCAACCAAAUAUCAGUGUGACAGUUUGUGACGAUAAUGUAUGAUUAUGUAGAAUGUAAAUUAUAGUUCAAUUGUUCCGGAAAAAAUUGACAGUUAAAUGUAAACUAAUUUUAAUUUUGAAAACAACUGAACUCAUCAACCUUUUUUCUAGCUUAUUAUAAGAGUAGAUUUAUAAUUUAAUUAAAUAAAUAUUAAACAUUUUAUAAAUUAACUGAGGAUUGUAUGAUCAUUAAAAUUAUUAAAAUACGAAAAAGCAAUUCCCGCACAACAUUUGUUUUGUGCAUAAAAUCUAGAAAUUAAUAAUUAAGCUAAUGAAUUAAUAUCUUUUUACAUACCUAGUUGAAUGCGCGGUCCAUUCGAAAUCAUAUUUUUACAAUUAAAUCAAAAUGUAUGAAUUAAAAAUACUAAAUGAAAAAAUAAUAUCGAAUUUUUUAAUACAAUCUGCAUGCCACUGCACAUCCAACAUUUCGUAUUUUACGUGUGUUUAAGCUUGUACUGCACAUAGUUUAAGUCUCUCCCUUAAAUAAAUAAGUAAACCGAAUUUAUGUAAUAUAUUUAUUGAUAUCUGUAUCAUAUUAUAGUUUAUGUUUAAAAAAAUCACUUUAUACAUAUAUUAUAAUAAAUAUAUAAAUGUAUAGGUAUAUAUACAAUUAUUAUAUAUUUAUUACUGUAAGUACUUACUAACCUAAUUAGUAAUUUUUAUAUCCCAAAAUAAGAUUAUAAGUCUUUUAUAUUAAGUUAAUUUGUUUUGAAUUAGUAUUUAAAUGCAAGACUAAUCACCACAAUUUUUCGUUAUGUAUUCAUUUAAUUUCGAAAAAGAACUAAAUUAAAUUUAUACUCUGAAACUGUAGAAAUUAUAAAACUCAUAGUUAGCAGGUAUUAUAAUAUAUUUAGUACCUACCUAAUAUAUAUUACAAACAUUUUUUUAAUAAUAUUAUAUUGUAGCCGUAUCAUUAUUUCCACUGCAGGAAUGUACAUAAUAAGUUGUAUUAUUGUAUUUAUUUAUUUAUUUAUUUUUUUUUGUGUAAUUUAGUAUUAAUCAUGUUAAUCAUUAACAUUUUAAAAGUUCCUUGAUUAAUCGUUGUCUUUAAAUUUUACUUCGAAGCCCACAUCACUAUUCUGAUUACGUUUAUUUUCUUUUUCUGGUGUUGGCAUGUUAUUAUUUAUACUUAAUGAACCACGGAUUCUUUUCUUUAUCGCUACCUGUGAUUUUAUUUUAUUUUGCAUAAAUCUUUAUUAAAUUUACAAAUACACUAUAUACAUAAGAACGCACACACACAAACGCACUCACACAAACGCGCACACACACACGCACUCACAAACACACAUUACCCCCAAAUGAAAUAAUUUGGGCCGUUAAACAAAAGUAAGAAAAACUCGUCUAUAAGAGAGUAAUUUACCAUCUAGUGUCAACUCAGUUGUGCGUGUAACAAGAUACCUGUUAGUCUGUAUCCUUGUGGAAGGUCUUCCGAAUAUCGUUAAUUCUUUAUUCCAUAAAAGAAUAAUUAUUUUAUUACACAUAGUUUGCAAUUUAAGAAAUUAAAUUUAUAUUCACCAAGUAAUAAGUAUAUAAUAAUAUAUUUGUCAUAAUUUAUUAUAGAAUGCAAUUUUAAAUAGCAUAAGUGUUAAAUUGUUUUUUUUUUCAAUAAAUUAUUUUUAAUAAUAAACAAAUUAAUGUUUUUUUAA